AUGUCUUCCCUAUCGAUCUCAGACCUGACGAAGUUGCAGACGUCCAAGUAUGCCAAUUUGGGCAGUCUUGCAAUCCUCGCAUUUGAUUUUUGCAUUACGUUUUCCGAAGAGGUGCGAUGGACCUGGUUCAGACGAUGGGAUGCAAUUCGUGUCAUAUUUGUCAUUUCUCGAUAUUUACCUUUCGCGAAUGUUGGAAUGAUUGCAUAUGCCGCAUUGGGUGUCAGCAAUCAGUGUGCCUCUUUACUGGAACAAAAUAUCAUUCAUAUCAUCAGUAUCGUUGCUGCGGAAGCAUUGCUGGUUAUUCGAACCUGGGCGUUCUGGCAAAAGAGUAAAAGAUUGCUGAUUGGAUUAUCGGUCUAUGUCGUGUUGUUAAUUGCCGCCAACCUUGCUGUAGUAGAACUUAGCUCUACAAUAUCAAUUCCAGGAGAGGAACCGCCCCCAGGAACUUGUUACUUCGAGAGCUCACGCAGCGAUGCGGUCGCAUACAUAUUCUUGGCGUUGUUCGAAAGCAUGAUACUGAUCCUUACUGUAUAUAAAAGGUUUCACGACUAUAAAAACUUUCAGAGCGGAAUUGUAGUAACCCUGUACCACGAUGACGUGUUUUACACGUUGUGCAUCCUCGCCGUCACACUCGCCAAUGUCAUCACAGGAACUGCACUUCCGAGCGCCUAUAGCAAUAUGUUCGACACGUGGUCAGUCACAGCGUUCUGGCAUCACGAAUUCUAUUCCGUCUUCGACAUAGCAACGAACGUGUCCGCGAACCGUCCACGUCAGUAG